AUGGCAACACCAACAGCACUGGAUAUAGUGGCAGCAGUGGACUCGCUAUUCCCUGAGGCCGUGACCAUGCUUGAGGAUUUAGUGAGAUUCAAUUCAACUCGCGGCGGUCCGGACGAGAAAGAACUGCAAGACUGGAUGGAAGUCCAGUUCCGCAAGCUGGGAAUCACUGAAAUCGAUAAAUGGGAAGUGGAUUUGCAAGAGAUACAGUCGCUGAAAUAUCCUUCGCCCGUGAACUGGUCGUACGAAAACAAAAUCAAUGUAGUAGCAAUCCAUAAUCCCAAAACAAAGGGUGGUAAUGGACGUUCUCUGGUGCUCAAUGGUCAUAUAGAUGUAGUACCCGAAGGCCCGCAUGAUAUGUGGACUACACCGCCAUUUCACCCAUCGAUCCGUGAUGGCAAGAUGUAUGGUCGCGGUACAGGCGACAUGAAGGCUGGUGUUGUAGCAUAUUACUAUGCUUUCAAGGCCCUGCAGAAGCUAGGAUAUGUACCCGCCGCCAAAGUUAUCAUGCAAGCUGUCACCGAGGAAGAGUGCACUGGCAACGGUGCAUUGGCAUGUGUAGCUCGCGGAUACGUAGGCGAUGCUUGUAUUAUACCUGAACCAUUUGAAGGACUGCAACUGGCUCAGGUCGGCGUCAUUUGGCUCUCUGUGAGAGUUCGUGGAAGGCCGGCACACGUGAUGGAGAUGGCAGUAGGAUCAAAUGCCAUUCUAGCUGCAUUUGAUCUUUUUAAGGAAAUUCAAGUGCUGGAAGAACAAUGGAAUAAGCCACAUAUGAAACCUACUGUUUACCAAACCACGAAUCACCCUAUAAAUGUUAAUUUGGGAAAGAUUAACGGGGGUAAUUGGAAUUCUUCAGUGCCCAGUGAAUGCACAUUUGAUGUAAGAGUUGGUGUCUACCCAGGAACAGAGCCUAGCACCAUUCAAUCACAAAUCGAACUAGCACUCUCAGCAAAAGCAAAACAACUGGGUGUUGAAUGUCGAAUUACAUAUGGCGGAUUUGUUGCUCCCGGUGUUGAGAUGAAUCCAGAUUGGGAAGUCAUUAAACUGCUGUCUGCUGUGCAUGAAAGAGUAACUGGCCGUGUGCCUGCGAUGCUGGCGUCAACUGCCACUACAGAUGCCAGAGCGUUUAUUGUCGAGGCUGGAGGUUACUCGCGUGCUGGCUUGUUUCAUAGCGGAAUGGUGUGGAUUGGAGAAAAUGGAGGCUGGACGGUUGUAAACGUUGAUAGACUGCCACGAUCAUCUGCUCCUGGCAACGGAUUUCCAGCAGCAUCAAUAGGUCUCUGA